AUGGAAAAUAUAAAAUCCAAUUCUAAUGAUGAAGUUUUGGACUGUGGUAAGCCAGUGAAUUUCACCUACUUUGACAACUUAGUAGGUGUUUUGAACAGACAUAGACAUCCGAUUGUCCCUGAACCUCAAGCAGUCCUAUGUUUUACCAAAAGUUAUGGAAAGAAUAAAAACGAAAUUGAUGAUUUCGACAUAGAUACAUUGGAGAAGAAUCUGAAGAAAGCUAAGAAGGAGAAACCAAAAUCCAUUCAGCUGUAUAACCAAAUAGGAAACUUUUGGCGUAUAAAAGGAGAUGCUGGCAAAGCAAUUGAAUGUUUUCGAAGAGCUCUAGCCGCUUCUCCCCACAAUGCAGAAGUCCUGUUGAAUCUUGCCAGAGUUUUGUUCUCCUUGCAGUAUUUAGAUGAUGCCAUAUACUUGACCAGGAGGUCAUUAGAAGUGCAAUCGUCAGAAAAAGGUGCGUGGCAGCAGUAUUUCACUUUAGGAGAGAUAUUCAAGGCUUACGGGCACUACCAGGAGGCUUCUAUCCAUCUGAAGCAUUCUUUGGAACUCAAUCCAGGGUUUGAGCCAGCUCAAAUAGCGUUAAAAGAGAUGGAAACGAUGCCCGCUGCCACAAUACACAUAUAUACGUUGGUGAUAAUAGUGUGCUUGGUAAGUUUGUUGUGGAAUCGCGACUUCAUCAUA